CCCAAACUCAAUCCGACAAAAUGAACAACUUCGGCGUGAUCGAGCUCGCGACCGCAAAAACAACACACGCCCCGGGCUGGGCCUACGUGCCAGACACGGCCCCCAGCCUGUCCGCAGCAGCAAUCCAGCCCGGGCACCGCAAACGCGCCGCCCGCAACCAGAACACGGCUAGCACCAGCGCUCUAUACGCCGACGCCGACGCGCGGCAGGAAGCGAAGCUGCGCCGGGAGAUCGAAGCUUUAGAUCGGGAUAACUACGGGCGCGACGUGACGAUCCCGAUCGCGGCGAAAGGUGGCAGCGGUAAGCUGAGCGCGAAGAAACACACGCCUAACGUCCGCAAGAUCCUGCAGUCGCAGAAAACAUUCGCGAACUACCUCGAUGACUUCGACGCGCUGAGCGCUGCGGAUAAAGCCGCUGCGAUGGGGAUCGUGGCCCCGGCUACGGCAACGGCAGCGCAGGGAGCGGGGAAGAAAGGGGCGGUGGCCGGAGAGAAGGGGAAGGGGAAACGCGGGGGGAAAUCGAUAUCCCGCUCCGCAUCAGUGUCGAAGCCACCUCCCGCCGCUGCCGCGCCUGUAAAGCAAGAAGACAACCCGGACAUCGAAAUGCUCGACGCCGCCCCCAGCAGCACGAUCCUAACCCCCCUCCCCCCGAACGGCCUCCCGCCAACACACCCCCUCGAUUCCGAUCCGCUUAUCAUGUCUCGCGUGCCUCCCCUCCCCACCGACGCGGAGCUACGGGCUUUAAUGAAGGCUCCGCCGUUGACGUACGCGGAGGCGCGGGGGCGCUGGACCGAGGACGAUCGGAGGUACCCUGCGCGCGCGUUCUGCGAGGUGUGUGGGUAUUGGGGCCGCGUGCGGUGUAUGAAGUGCGGGGCGCGGGCUUGUGCGCUGGAGUGCUUGGAGACGCAUCGCGAGGAGUGUGUUUCGCGGUAUGGGAUUUGAGAUGUGGUAUUACUCUUUGCCUAGCUAGGGGUAAAGGUUAUCAUAAGAAAAAUUAAAAGGGCUGUGGGAGUUUACGGAGUCUGG